AUGGCAGAUUAUUCCCUAUUGCAGCGUAUAAUCGUCGACCCAGAUAACGUCCAGGCCGCGACUCGAGAUGGUGUUGCGGCAGACAUGCCCAAGAGCCUGCCGACUCCAAAGGCCAGCAACACGCACCCUUCUGACCCAGGAGGGGAGAAUGGGUCUGUCUACUUUGUGGGAACGGCUACUACCAUUAUAGAAUGGCAAGGCGUCCGGAUCAUGACUGAUCCAAACUUCCUGCACGCUGGCGACCACGUCCACCUUGGCCCUGGUGUAUACAGCCAGCGCAAGACAAACCCAGCCGUGGACCUUCAUCAGCUGCCGCGCAUCGACGUGGUCCUGCUCUCGCAUUACCACGCCGACCACUUCGACCAGCACGUCGAGGAGUCCCUGCGGCGAGACCUGCCGAUCAUCUCGACGCCGCAUGCGAGAUCGAUCUUGGGCUCGAAGGACGACCCGUUUACUAACCUCUACGAGCUGGAGCCGUUGCACCGGAUGAUGGUGACUCUUAAAUGCGAUCUACCGGGUCCUGAAAAGCCUGGGUUUUGCAUCACUGGGAUGCCUGGGAAGCAUGUGCCUGACUAUAGAGCCGUUGAGAUGUUCAAUGACCUUGUUGGUGCGGCCCCGCCUACCAACGGCUACAUUGUAGAGAUGGGCUACGGCGAAGACCCGCUCAACUUCAAAGUCUGCUACCGGAUCUACAUCACCGGGGACACGCUCAUGCACGAGGAGCUGACCGUUAUCCCCACGAGAAUCUAUGACACGUUCGACCUGAUGCUGAUUCAUUUGGGCGGGACGACUGUGCCUGGCCCGUGGAUGAACCCGUUCACGCUGAUGCUGACGAUGGAUGCGCAGCAGGGGACGGAGCUGGUGAAGACGGUUAAACCGAAUGUUACCAUCCCCAUCCACUACGAUGACUAUGAUGUGUUUGCGAGUCCGUUGGAGGAUUUCAAGACCGAGAUCGAGAAGGCUGGGUUCGGUGGGAGGGUGGUGUAUCUGGACCGCGGGGAUGAAUACCGGUUUAAAGUCCGCGACAGGGAGGACUACUUGAGGUGUACAUUGUACUCUAAAGACCCCCCCUGA